AUGGCGCGGAGGCGGCGGGAGAUGCUGGAUAGUGGCGGACCAGGAAGCUCAGCUUCUUCUUCACCGGCGAUGUCUCCGUCUCAUCGUAUGAACAACAACGGAGGAGGUCUCCCUGGCCGGAGCACUCUCCGGAAGCAAAACGCCGCCGAACUGCUCGCCAAGGUCAUGGAGAAGCGCGACUACGACUAUGAUUACGACGACGAAGCUGGAGACGAAGAUCUGUACCAGGUACCUCUUCCGCCUCUCUCUCAGUCUAGAAGACGAGAUGAUAAGCGUACUGCUAAGGUUUCGAAUCCGGUCGUACUUGCCCCUAAAUUUGACGAUGAAUCCGACGGUGAUGAAAUCACAGUACAUUUACCUCGGAAUCGGAAGGGAAGGGGUCCGGAAAAAGCUCCGGUGAUGAAACCCCCUGCACUCCCGCUUCCUAAAUUUGACGACGAAUCCGACGGUGAUGAAAUCGCAGUCGAUUUACCCCGGAAUCGGAAGGGAAGGGGUCCGGAAAAAGCUCCGGUAGUGAAACCCCAUGCACUACCGCCGCCGAAAUUUGACGAUGAAUCCGACGGUGACGAAAUUGCAGCCGAUUUGCCCCAGAAUCGGAGGGGAACGGGUCUGAUAGAAGCUCCGUUGCUGAGACCCGUCGCACUUCCGGCACCUACAUUUGACGAUGAACUCGACGAUGACGGAAUGACUGCCGAUAUGCCCUAUAAUCCAGUGGAGAUUCCUCAAAAGAAUGGAAGUGGAACACUCAAGGUUAGAGUUCCGGCCUAUUCGCGUCGGAAUCCAAUGGAGGAUUAUGAGCCGAACGGAAACAAUGUUCAGUUUGAUGUGCCUGUAAAACAAUCGGAGGCUCAAUUGAAGUAUAAGAAAAGGUUUCGCCCUGCAGAAAUUUUAACAGCGAAUCAGCACGAAGAUGAUCGAGAAGCUUCGGCCCUGCGUGAUGAACUAGAUAUGCUUCAAGAAGAAAAUGAUAACAUACUGGAAAAGCUUCAGCGCGCUGAAGAAAGACGCGAAGCAGCAGAAGCAAGGGCUAAAGAGCUCGAGAAACAGGUUGCUUCGCUAGGUGAAGGAGCAAACUUUGACGUCAAGCUCUUGAAGAGUUGCGCUCAUCCCUCCAGGAAAGAAGCAGCAUUGCGUCAAAGAGAGGCAGUAUUAAGGGCUGCUGAACAGAAAAGAGAUGGGAGACACAGAGAAACCGAUUCCCUUCGUUCAGAAUUUCAGACCUUGAAAGAUGAAGCAGAGAAAGCCGUGGAACAGCUUCAGGAGGCUGAAGCUGAAACAAAGUCUCUUCGGACAAUGAUACAUAGAACGAUGUUGACUCAAGAAGAAAUGGAGGAAGUUGUUCUAAAGAGAUGCUGGCUUGCUCGCUACUGGGAACUAGCUGUUCAACAUGGAAUAUGCGAUGAUAUAGCCACAACAAGACAUGGACAUUGGUCAGCGUUAGCUCCUCUUCCUUUUGAAGUUGUCCUUUCCGCUGCCCAAAAGCCUGAAGACUCCUGGCAAACAGGUGGUAGCGAUUGCACUUGGAGCAAAGUGGUCAGUAAUUUCAGUGAUGCAACAGGUGAAGGAAACAUAGAGAGUAUGCUUGCUGUUGAAGCGGGUUUGCGAGAGAUGGCAUCUUUGAAGGUAGAGGAUGCUUUAAUGCUUGCACUUGCCCCGUAUAGACAAACAAAUGUGGUUCGACAAGCCGUCACUGAGCUAAGCGAAGAGGAGCAACAGGAUAUAUUAUUUAAAGAGGCGUGGCUGCUGUAUUUCUGGAAAAGAGCUAAAAUCCAUGGCGUGGAAAGUGAUAUAGCGGAAGAGCGUCUUCAGUUCUGGAUCAACCGUCUCGGGCAACAGCCAUCUUCACAUGAUGCAGUUGAUGUGGAAAGAGGAAUGAGGGAGCUAAGGAAGCUUGGAAUAGAACAACAAUUGUGGGAAACAUCUCGCACAGAACUCAUCGACUCCACUUUUCUCCCUUCUCUCUCUGCUUCUGAUUACUAUGACGAAUGA